AUGAAAGUUCAUUCCGGAAUCAAACCGUACUGCUGUCAGUAUUGUCCAUUCAGUAGUGAAUUUCGCAGCAGUCUGUUAAGACAUAUUAAACGGCAUACGCAUGCGAAUGAGAAACCAUAUCGAUGUGGUCGAUGUUCAUAUCAGAGCCGUUAUAAAUGGAACGUGACUGUUCAUAUGCGGAAAUGCCAUGACAAGGACAAUAAUUACAGACACAUGUUGCAAGCUCAGUCCCCUAAUGAUCUGCAAGGAUUGCCGCGGAUAUCAAAUGUAUUUUCUGGGAACCCUUCAUCUGAGUUGUCUUCAUCAGAAAUCAGUUCAUCUCCUGAGUCAAUGCCCACAUCGGUUAACAUUACUUGUGCGAGUGCAUCUAAUUCAAUAGUUGUUGAUAAGGGGGUAGAAAAUCAAAACAAACAAACGGCCAGUAUAGAUGACCGUAAUGACAGAGACUUUCGCCCUGGUAGUAUCUUAGAAGCAGCCGCACAGAGAAAAUUGAUGGAAUUCACUCACAUCCAGUCAGUGUACACAAGUACGCCCAUCUCACACACAGUGCAGCGUAAAAGUAUAGAUAACGCUAGUUUCACCCAACCAGACUCUGUGUCCAUUAGCAGUGCUUCUCAGCCUGGAUUUGACACUCCCAUCUAUUCAUUGUCAAUGCCAAUGGCAUCUAUCAAUGCACGUCCCAAACAAGCUGCCAGUUUAGUUCAGCAUGUGGACAAAAACCACUCUCCUCCAAUCGUUCCCGUUUCUCUUCGAGUCACGCCACAACUGCUGGAAAAAAAUCCUGCCAAAGACCGAUUAGUUUCAGAAAGCUGCCAAACUGAACAGGUUGAGAACCCAGACUGCAGCUGUUCUAAUAUGAAGUCCUGCAAUCACUGUGGGACAUUCUUCACCGAUAAUGUUAUAUAUACGCUUCAUAUGAGUUGCCAUGGAAACAGGAAUCCAUUCCAGUGUGGUAUUUGUGGUUAUGAGUGCCGGGACAAGAUUGAAUUCACAUGUCAUAUCACACGGAGUCAGCAUAAAAAAUAAUUGUGAGUGGGGCAGAGAAGAUAAAAAAUUUGUUGUAUUUUAAAACUUGUUAUUUUGUACUUGUGAUUGACUUAUUAUUUGGAGCUAAAAAUAACCAUUGACGAAGUCCUCUGACAAAAAAUUGGAAACGUACUCUUGUAUCAGACCCCACUAACUCCUGACAGAAUAGUGUAUGUUUCGUUGGCAAUAUCAAUACUGCAAAUUCGCAAAUUUCACACCUUCUUGCAAAUGAGUUUCAUUUUGGUGGUCAUGGUAACACCGUCAAUCAAAGCCGUGUUUGCAUUGUCAGCAAACCUGUUUUCAACAAGAUGAUAAAUAUUGGGCGGAAAUUUGCCAGAACCUUAUCGCACAUACUCUGCUGUGUAUGGUUACUUUUUGGUGGAUGUCACUAUCUGACGUUCCUGCAAUUUGAUUGGUACUGACAAAAAAUUGUCGGGGAAGUGAAAAACUACAAUGUUCUGUCAGGCAUGUGUUGGGUUUGAAGCACCGUUGAGGGCGCAACUCGUGCAACCUUGUCAGAUUAGUGGUCACCUCUCCGUUAAGAUCUUUCAAGAAAAGAUCAAAGCCAUCUCAAGAUCACAUGUCACUAUGUCAUAUUGUCUAACUUUGUCAUCCUCAAUUCAGGCACAUGUACAGAAACCAAAUAAUGCAAAAAUAUACUCUGGUAAUAGUGACAACUUCAUAUUUCAGCUUAAAUUGUCUGUACACCCACAUCGUCAAUUAUACAUAUCCAUGCAUUACAUACACAAAUACGUUUCCCUUUACGGGCUUCAUUUUAAACCCACCAAUUGUUCACAUAGAGAGAUAAACAAUGGUUUUUCACAUUUCUUAUAAAAUUAGACUUGUCAAAAAGAACUUUAGCGACAUUUUUACUGCUGUACAUUUCAAAAUGUUGAAAUAUGGAUUUGCUCCAUUAUUUAUAUUCGUUAUAAAUAAGUAUCUAUGUAU